CUGAAAUGAUAUUUUAAAUCAUUUGAAACUAUGAAACGUUUCAAAUGACGGCGGUUACACAACCACGAGGCGGUCCUCUCAUUCGUGAUCCGAACGAUACAUGCGCGUGUUUGUGAGCAACUUGUCAUCGGCCCUUGGCGCGGAGAUCGCCAAGCAGAUCAAGGACUGCGAAGUCGUCGGUGCCAUCGAGCACCUCAAGCAGACCCAGUCGACCAAGAAGCGGCUGCUCGAGAACCGAUCGCCCGAGCUCGUCGAGACGGAGUCCUCGGCCGUGGACCCCAACGACGCGUUCGUGGAGAACCCUGUGGUCGUAUACUCGGACAAGCACAACGUCGGGUUGCUCCUGAAACGAUGCGACGUCGCCAUUUACUCCAUCCUGGACGACCCCGACGGCGUCGUGGAAGCGUUGAAGACGUUCGACGACGGCAACAGUGGUGACAAGUUGUUCAUCGCCAUCUCCAGCGUGCUCACGUGGGCCAAGACGCCCGUGCCAGCGCCGCGCCCUGAAGACUGGAACGGACACCGCGAAGACACGUUCAAGACCCGCAAACCCGCGCGCAAGUAUGCCGAAUACAAGGCCGUGGAGACGCAGGUACUGAGCGCGCGGCGGGAAGGCCUCACGACGCUGGUUAUCGCGCCCGGACUCAUCUACGGCGGCGCCCAGUCCAGUCUCCACGCCAUCCUCCGAAAUGCAUGGUUACACCCUGAAGAAGACGUGGUGGUGCCCAGUCUCUCCAACGGCAAAGGCGCAAACGUUCUGCCCAUGAUCAGCGUCUACGAUCUCGCCCGCGUCGUCGCCAAGGCGGCCGUGGCGGCGCCAUCGACGUCCUACUUGAUCGCCGUCGACAAGAGCCACACGUCCCUUCGUGAUGUUUGCAGUGCGAUCAGCAAGACGCUAGGGAGCGGCGGGGUGCGCGACGUGGACGCGGCGGAAGCGGAGGAGAUGCUCGUGCUCGAGAAGAGCAUGGCGCAUCUGCAGCUGGACCUGCGCUUCGACACGAGCGGGGGAGCCAUGGACGCUCUCGAGAUCGAGUGGACGCAUGAGCUCGGGCUGGUCGCCAACAUUGCGCGCGUGGCAGACGACUACAUCAAGUGCAUGGACCUACGCCCGCUGCGCGCGGUGGUGCUGGGUCCGCCACAGGUGGGCAAGUCACACCUGUCGGCGUUCCUCGCCAAGACGUACUACCUCCCGCACCUGACGCCGUCGUCCGUGGCCGCCGACCUUCUCACGACCGCCAACCUCGACGACCACCUCGUUGGGUUGCGCGAAGAGGUCAAGAAGUUCCGACUCAACCUCAAGGACCUUCCCGAAGCGCUUCUCACGGAGCUCAUCCGGUGGAAGCUCACGUCGCCCGUGUGCCGCAACCAGGGGUACGUCCUCGACGGGUUGCCUGUGUCGGUGGAGCAGGCCAGGGCACUCUACUUCGUCGCACCCUCCGCCGCUUCUAGCGAUGACGAAUCCAAGCAUCCGGACGAUGGGAACACCCCGGACGAAGAGGGCAAGCAACGCGAUGAAUCAGACGACCACCAGAAGCCGCCGCCGCCAUCCGCCAACUUGAACGCCCCGAACCGCGUGGUGGUGCUGGACGCGGUGCGGUCGCUGCUCGAGCAUCGGGCGCAGGCGCUGAGUCAGGAAGACGCCGACAAGUCUGGCAACACAGACAUUGAGUUCACUCGCCGGUACGACCUAUUCAAACGGGAAACCAACCCAGCCAACCAGUCAGGUCUGGUGGCAUAUUUCGAGCGCGACCAGGCGGUGGAAGUGCUCGAGCUCGAGUUGGACUCUGAGGAAAUGUACACGAGCAAGAAGCAUUUUGUGGACCCGAUCGCAAAGUACAUGGAACAAGGCGGGAAACCCUACAACUUCCACCCGACCCCCGACGAAGUGGAUGCCGCGAAAAAGGAACUCGACGCCCAGCUGGUAUUAUGGUCAUUCUUUCUGAAAAAAUAUAUAUAUUUGGAUACCUUUUGUGAAUCAUCGCCGCCACAUCGAUCGAUAUAUAUUAUUCCGAAGUCCUUUUGUAUGCAUUGAAAUCACAAGUGUCACACUAAUUCGACGUGGAUGAUGUGGCUCAUGGACAAGUUGGAUGAUAUAAUGUUGCCUAUCAACGAGGGUUCAUGUUGUAGGCGGCCGAGGCGGAGGCCGAGCUCAAGCGGCAGGCAGAUGCGAUGGAGAAGGACUUGAUGGACAAACAGUCGCGGGCCAUGAGUGAAAAGGCGCGACUGGAGAUCAUCCAGAGGGAAGAGAUGGACAUUCUCGAGGCCCGGUCAAAGCCUCUGCGGGCGUACCUGAUGGAGACGGUGAUCCCCGUCUUGACUGAAGGCAUGCUCGAAGUGGUCAAAGUCCAGCCAGAUGACCCUAUCGACUACCUUGCCGACUUUCUCUUUCGAAAGGGCCAGCACUAUGUCGGAUAGAAAUGGAUAAAUAUACUAUAUAUAUAUAUAUAUAGACUUGU